AUGGUGAAAUCACGUUGGAUACGUAUGGCACGUGUAGCGCGUGCCUAUCCACGUUGGCUGUGGAACAAUUGGCCUGCACAUUUUGUUGGCGUAGUGUUCUGCUUCAUUCCGAUGACCACAAUUGUCCUCUAUAAAAUAUACAAGUACGGCAAUGGCUACGACUACAUGCCUUACUACCGGAAAUAUUAUGACGUGGUUCGUGCAGAAGAUCCAAUUGUGUUGGAUUGGCGACCGCCUGAAGUACUUUUCAGUUCUUAUCAGCAGCGACAAAUUCAAAAAAAAAGCAAACUUGGACUUGAAACAUGA